GUUAUGUUAUAGAUUUAUUUUUAUAUUAUGAUUAACAUUAUAAAUAAUUAUAUAAAUUAUCGUUAAGAUGGCAGCAAAUAAUUCUAAUUUCACUUGUCCUAAUGUCUGUCCAAACUAUGAAAAGGUCGUCGAAAAACCUCCGGAAUACCUAGAGGCGGGAAUGUCUAGAGGUUCAGAAAAUCCUUAUGCCUCGUCUUACGUCCCUGGCCAGAUACAACCACCGGAGAAGAAAGUCUAUCCUGCUGGAGCACCGCCAAAAUAUCUCCCACAACCAACGGACAGUACAAGUGGUGAUAUAUUGGGUAUGGGUCCUAUAGGACCCUGGGCUGCGGGUCACUUGGACUGGACACCACAAGCUGGCACAACCGGAGUCAGACCAGUAGUUGACAAAUAUUCUAUUACUAGAUAUUCAACUGGAGAAUGGAGGAAACAUAAUGAGUAUAUCUUAACCCCAAUAGCUACAGAUAAGGCCAAAGCAACCGAUAUCAAUAGUAGAAAAGAUAUUACGAAUGCUUUUAUUAAUUUAGAUAACAAACAGGCCGAUAGUAAUAAAAAAUUAGAAAAACGGGUAAAAGAUCUUUCUUAUUGGAAGAAACGAGUAGAAGAAACCAUCAAAGCUAUUACUGAUGAAAUUAACACCUUAGACGAAGAUCGAACGCGACUUAAAGGAGCUUGUCGUAUUUUAAAUAUGCCUGAAGCCAUAUCUAGAGAGUGUUUAGAGCUGCGAACUAACAGAUAUGAACCUGAUUUAGUAAGAGAUGACGCUGAACAGGAACUGAUUAAAGAAGUGUCAAUAGUUGGAGAAAUAAGAAGAGUUUUUAAUAACACUCUCGCGAAAGUUGAAGAACAAAUGAUUAUGAAUAAAGCUGCUAAAACCAGUAUUGAGUUUGACUGGAGUGAUAAAAUGGUUAGUUUGAAAGCAGACAAACGAAAUCUUAAUUUAACACCAGAGUCAAAUUUGUUACUUUAUCAUCCAGGAGUAGCUAGAUGGCCAGAGAAUGCUACAACUUUAGAGUAUUGGGAACAUUUUUGCAGUGAAAGUAUAAGAAACUGUGAUGAAGUUAGGAUAAAAUCUGAAAACUUGCGUAAGGAUUUGUCAACAAUUAUUGCAAAAGGUAGUCAGGAUAUGAAGUUACAAGCAGAUAGAACGAACUAUGCUUUAGCUGAAACAGUUUCGGCAACGGAAGAACUCUGUGAGAAAUUGGAAGAGAAUUUAAAAGAUAAUUUACAAAAAAUAGCUGAUGUUGAAAAUCUUAUUGAUUAUCUCAAAGAUGCAUUAAGGAAAGUCGACGAGAGAGCCAAAUUGGUAAUGACUAGACUACAUGUUCGAAAUUAUGAUAGACCAAAUGUGGAAAAUUGUAGAGAUGAAGCGCAGUACGCUUUGAUAGCUGAAGCAAAGUUUAUUAAAGAAACCAGCGAGUCAUUGUGUGAUAAAAUAAGGGAAGCAGAAAGUGUGAGAUCCGAAUUGAUGAAGUAUAGAGGUGAUUUAGAGAAACAAAUCCGGCGAAAAAAAAACUCACGUCUCAAUAUAGAUCAGGAUAGAUUAGCCAGAGUACGCGCACAUAUGCCUACUCCUAAAGAAUUUGCUGCUGGAUAAAUUAGGGUUUGUUGCAUA